CUGGCCUAUGAGAUAUGGCAUUUCUGAACUUACUGGGAAAGAAGUCCUGGGAAGGAGCCCUGGAAGAAUAUUGGAAUGGUCCUCCAUGUUUCUGCCCAUGGGCUCCUUCUCCAUCCCUUUCCAAACACCAAAACGGGAGAAGAAUGCCUGUGGCUGGCCCAGGAAACACAGACAAGGCUUCUUGCAACUGUACUGCUCUGGCGUUCUGUGGUCCCAAUCCUCUGGAAGAGGAAUCCUCUGGACAGAAGCACUAACCCCACACUGCAGGCUGUGGGUCUUUGGCUGUUGAUUGCAAUCACUAUGUCUGACUCAGUAAUUCUUCGCAGCGUGAAGAAAUUUGGAGAGGAGAAUUAUGCUUUUGAGUCAGACACAUCACAUAACAAUGACAAGAAAUCAAGGUUACAAGAUAAGAAGAAAGAUGAUCGAAUACAAGUUGGCUUCUUCCAACUGUUUCGAUUUUCUUCAUGGACUGACAUUUGGCUGAUGUUUGUUGGAAGUUUAUGUGCAUUGCUCCAUGGGCUAUCCCAACCAGCAGUGCUUUUGACUUUUGGUGCAAUGACCGAUACUUUUAUUGAAUAUGACACUGAAAUACAAGAACUCAACAUUCCAGGAAAAGCAUGCGUGAAUAACACCAUAGUGUGGAUCAACAGCUCCCUCAACCAGAAUGUGACGAAUGGGACACGUUGUGGGUUGCUGGACAUUGAGAGUGAAAUGAUCACAUUUGCUAGUAUCUAUGCUGGAAUCGGUGUUGUCGUACUUAUUCUGGGAUAUAUUCAGGUAUGCUUUUGGGUAAUUUCUGGAGCUCGCCAAGUAAGAAAAAUGAGAAAAAUGUACUUUAGAAGAAUAAUGAGAAUGGAAAUUGGAUGGUUUGACUGCAAUGCCGUGGGAGAGCUGAAUACAAGAAUCUCUGAUGAUAUUAACAAAAUCAACGAGGCUAUUGCUGACCAAUUGGCUAUUUUCAUUCAGCGCAUGACUACGGCCAUUGGUGGGUUCCUGCUGGGAUUUUACAGGGGCUGGAAACUGACCUUGGUUAUUAUUUCUAUCAGCCCUCUCAUUGGGUUUGGAGCAGCUAUCAUUGGUUUGAGUGUGGCCAAGUUCACGGACCUUGAGUUGAAGGCCUAUGCCAAAGCAGGGUGUGUGGCCGAUGAAGUCAUCUCAUCUAUGCGUACAGUGGCUGCUUUUGGUGGUGAAAAAAAAGAGGUUGAAAGGUACGAGAACAAUCUUGUGUUUGCUCAGCGCUCGGGAAUUAGAAAAGGGAUGGUGAUGGGAUUCUUUACUGGAUACAUGUGGUGUCUCAUCUUCUUUUCCUAUGCACUGGCUUUCUGGUAUGGCUCCCAACUUGUCCUGGAGGAGGGAGAAUAUACACCAGGAACCCUUGUUCAGGUCUUCCUUGGUGUCUUAGUGGGAGCUUUAAAUCUUGGGAAUGCAUCUUCUUGUUUGGAAGCCUUUGCCACUGGGCGUGCAGCAGCUGCCACCAUUUUUGAGACAAUAGACAGGAAACCCAUCAUUGACUGCAUGUCAGAAGAUGGUUACAAGCUUGAUCGAGUCAAGGGUGAAAUUGAAUUCCACAAUGUGUCUUUCCACUAUCCUUCCAGACCAGAAGUGAAGAUUUUAAAUAACCUCAGCAUGGUCAUUAAACCAGGGGAAAUGACAGCUCUGGUAGGAUCGAGCGGAGCCGGGAAAAGCACAGCGCUACAGCUCAUUCAGAGGUUCUACGACCCCUGUGAGGGCAUGGUGACUCUGGACGGCCAUGACAUUCGCUCUCUUAACAUCCAGUGGCUGAGGGAUCAGAUUGGGAUAGUGGAGCAAGAGCCAGUUCUGUUCUCCACCACAAUCGCAGAGAACAUCCGUUAUGGCAGAAAAGAUGCGACAAUGGCAGAUAUUGUCCGAGCUGCCAAGGAGGCCAAUGCCUACAACUUCAUCAUGGACAUGCCGCAGCAAUUUGACACUCCCGUUGGAGAAGGGGGAGGCCAGAUGAGUGGUGGCCAGAAACAAAGGGUAGCCAUCGCCAGAGCCCUCAUCCGAAACCCCAAGAUCCUCCUUUUGGACAUGGCCACCUCAGCGUUGGACAAUGAGAGUGAAGCCAUGGUUCAAGAAGCUCUGAGUAAGAUUCAGCACAGGCACACAGUUGUCUCAGUUGCCCACCGCCUGUCCACAGUAAGAGCAGCAGAUGUCAUCAUUGGUUUUGAACAUGGCGUAGCAGUAGAACGAGGCACCCAUGAAGAACUUUUGGAAAGGAAAGGUGUUUACUUCACUCUAGUGACUUUGCAAAGUUAUGGAGAUCAAGCCCUUACCAAAAAAGAAGUGAAAGAAAAAGAUGCAGCUGAAGACAACAUGCAGAAGACCUUCCACAGAGGGAGCUACAGGGACAGUUUAAGAGCUUCCAUCCGGCAACGCUCCAGGUCUCAGCUUUCCCACCUGGCUCAUGAACCACCAUUAGCUGUUGUAGAUCGUAAAUCGACUCAUGAAGAUGGCAAGCUAUCUCCACCUUGUGGUCUCUUGGAGCAUCGAACAAACAGAAGAGAUGGUUUUCAGUCUGUGCUGCCCACGGAAGUAGAGUUCCUCGCCCACAGCCCAAGGUCGGCAGGUGACCUAGCUAAGCCCGUUUGUUCUUGCUCUCUAAGCUGUAUACUUAGCUCGCGUGAGGUCAGAUUUUAGAUAUAUACCAACAAUUUUAAUUUUGGAGUAGGUUUUAGUCUCUAAAAUUUUAGGCAUCUUUUUUCAGUGAAACUAAAAAAUAUAUGAUAAAAUCGGACCUUAGCUAUCCACAACUUCAUCACAACUAACUGUUAGAUAGGGUGUAAGCAUUAGUAAGAGAUAAAAGACCUAUAAAAAUGACUAUCAGUGUUAGUUCACUUGGGAAAUCUCUGCUUCUUUGUCAGACUUAUCAUUUUUAAUUAUCAGAUCCCAAAGUUAUGAUCAAGGCAAAAGAGCCUGUCGUUGGAAUGCAGAGACCAGUGUAUCAAGUAUAGAAAUCAGGACACAAGAUUCAAGCAGGAAGGUUUAUUUUCCCCCUAGCUCACGAAGGAGAUAUGAGGAAGGGAACUGGGAAAAGCCCAGUGUCUACCACUGAACCAUCUACGCAGUAGGUAAGAAGUUAUAUGCACUUACAUCUACUGUGUGCUUGGCAGUGUGUUGAAGAUGCAAAGAUGGGCAAGAGCUACUGUCAUUCUUCCUGCCAUCAAGCUGCUGACAGGUACCUUUUAACAUGUGAUAGAAAAAAUAAGUGUGAAAGUUGCCAGAGUUGCAGUAGAGGCACAAGCUAUGUAGUGAGCAAACACGUGAAGUUUAUGAUUUCAGUGCUCCUUGGGUGUGAUGCCUCACACCUGUGAUCCCAGCUGCUUGAGGUUGAGACAGGAUGAUCCCAAGAUUGAGACUAUCUAGGUAACUUAACAACAAAAAAAAAAACUGUUUCAAAAUUUAAAAAAGAAAAUGUAAGGGAUAGAGAUGUAAUUCCAUGAUAGACCUACAUGCAUGAGGCCCUGGAUUCUAUUCCUAGUACCACUAAUAAUAAUACUUAUCAUCAUUACCAUUAUUUUACCUCCCUGUGUGAGCUACUGGUUCACUGUCAAUUUAUUCAUUUCCCCUUUAUACUUAGCUUUGCAAAACUAGAGGUAAAGUAUUUCUUUGCAGAAUGAUUUAAUUAUAUUUUAUAUAGUUUACUUUUAUUCCUCUACUAUAUCAAACAAAAGUUCAUUAUUUGGGAACCAAUUUUCUGCUUUUUUGCAUCCUUCAGGAUUGACAUUUGCUUUUGGUAAGGGGACUAGGGAACAGUUUCCUUUGAAAUCAAUUUUUUAGUAUAGGGAGACAAAAGAAAAAUAUUCAAAUUAACUAAUUUUUGUUUCUUGCUUGUUUUGGAUGAAAGCUACUGGAUAAAAUAUACUUCAUACUGUUUUAAAAUAUCUUAGGCACUGGUACCUAGGCUUGGGGAUCUCUUUGGAUAUCAGAAGGUCAGGAGAGUCUCCAUCCUGCGGGGUUGUAGCUCCAGGAGGAGCUGGAGUUCCAUAUCACUAGGGAGCAGGCAGGAUCCAAGGAAUAGGAAGGCUCCUCACACACUCGGUCCCCUAGAUAACACAUGACAGCUAACAUACCCAAAAUGUAUAACUAUGGAAUCCUCAACUCUUAGUGAUGGGAAACAGCCUGGAGGUCAUAUACCACUGAGGUCUCACAAACUAAGCUGUGGUCACCAGAAUCACCCAAGGAAUAUCUCUAAAAACAGAGUAAGGCCUCCUAAAUUGGAAUUCUGGUGAUGAGACCUCCUGGAAAUUUAUAUUUUUAAUCAUCAACCCUUAUGCGUCUGUGAGCAUCCAGGUUUGGACUCCAAUCACCGUCUAGAACUCUAAAGGGUCUGAUAUUUUGCCCUUCUGCAAGCCUGACACGAGUUCAUGGAUGCUGGCAGAACACACAAGAGCCCUGAGUGAGAGAUGAAGGACUCAGGGUACUCAGAGCAGUGGAAGGAGCCACCAUUCUGCAUUCCUGCACUGUUCCCAACUCAGUCUCCAACCCUCAUAAGAUGAAGUGGAGAGGGUCAGGUGAUACCAGCAAAAGAAGUAGGUAUGGGCACAAGGAGAAGGCUGGCUUAAGAAGGCUCUCUUUUAUGGCAGGCAGAUGAGCUAACUUGGAGAACAGACACUAUCUCAGUCUUCCAAGGUCGUUAGCUAUAUUAGCAUCCUUUAAAAAAUAACCUGAACAAAGUUAAUCGAUUCCUUUGCUCACAAAAUAUGCAAAGAUGUAGUACUUCCAGGAAGACUGUCUCCCUAGAACAACCUAGUCCAAGUCUUUCAUUUUAAGAAUAAGGUAAUCAAGGCCCAGAGAGGUAAAGCUCUUAGUGACAGAUUCCACUGGUGGCCACAUGAGACUCAUCCAAGAGCCCUUUCUUUCUGUCUCUGUUCUAUUCAUGCUUUCCCAAGCACGUUUUUUUUCUCUGGCACGGAUGGUCUGAAGUUAGUAAGCUGUCAGAGAUGAAAUAAUUGGACAGAGGAUUUGCUGCAUGAGCGAUGAAAUUACUGCUCAGUAACUGCAAAAUGCAAAUGUUGAAAGCAGCCAGGAGAGAGCUUGAAAUGGAGGUAAUAGCACAUUCAUCACCAUCCUGAGCUGCCUUCCUCGAUCCUAUUUGACUUGAAUUGUAACAAAAUGGACAUGACACCAGCCUUUCAUUUAAAUUGAAUUGGUAAUGCGAUCUUUGACUUUGUAAGCAGAGUGAGUUUUUGAAGACCUUUAUUGUAUCUGCUCCUGUUAUUCAGCUACCAAAAGGAGAAAUUAUUGUGUAUUAGUAAAAGAGAGAAAUCAUUGAGUUUUAUAGUCAAUUUUCUAUAGAUAUGUUAGUGUAUUUUAAUA